AUGAUCUCCGCCGUCGUUUUAUCACUCCUUGUCGCCUCGGCCUCUUGUGCCACAGGUGUCGUCCCCACUUUCCCUGGUCCUGGCCAAGCUUUUAAGGAGGGAGGCGACUGUCCUAUCUCGUGGAACCUUGACACCACUGGAAAGUGGACCAACUUCAGUGUGGACUUGAUGUCGGGCUCCAACUUUGCCAUGCAGACGGUCAGCAAUGUCUUCAAGGACCGAGAUGGCACAAAGGGUGAAACAACCUAUACCUGGAAGUGUCCUACGGUCACACCUACUUCAGCUAUUUACUUCUACCAAUUUACCCAAGCCGGAGCCGACACUACCUGGACCACUCGAUUCGCCAUCACUUCUCCCUCAGGAGAAUCUACCCCACCCGCCAACCAAACUCAACCCGGUGGAGCUCAGAUUCCCUGGGGGGUCGGCCAUCUUGCCGGUGCUGGCGCCGAGCCAGCUCCCGCUAGUCCGGCCACCACUGCCCCAUCUGCAACGGCCAACAUCACUGCCCUCAAUACCCCCUCGCCCGCUACCGCCAACGCCACCAACUCGACAACCGGCGCUUUAGCUGGUGCCAACAACACGUCAUCCGUGACUGGUACUCCGGCAGCAACCUCUCCAGGCUCCACUUCUUCCGGUUCCUCAUCGAGCGGUUCCUAUUCCAAGAACCCCGCCUCCGCCUCGCCCUCCAACUCGAGACCCACCAACCCCAGCUCGAACACCACUUCCACACCAAGCGCCGGCGCCCACACCGUCACUGUUUGCCAGAACGUUGCUGCCGUGCUCACUUUGGCUGCUGUUCUCAUUGUUUCUUGA